AAUGUGUAUUGAUGAUAUAUAUUUAACAAAACCAAAAACUAAAUUCACUAUUGAAUAAGGAUUCAGUGAGAAUUUUACAUUUACUUGUGCCUCAAUGUAAGGAUGGAGAAAAACAAUGGUAAUUAAAUAUAUUAAUCUUUAAUUAAGGAAGAUGCAAUAAUAAAAGAAAAACUAUCUACAGGAGAAUAUUUAUUUGGAAUAUUAGAUGGCCAUGGAGGAUUUGAAGUUUCAUCUGUUGUUUCCAAAUAUUUACCGCGCUUUUUAGAAUCAAAUAUCAAAUUUAGAAAUAAAUAAUAUGAAGAAAGUUUAAUGGAAUCAUUUAUUAAUAUUGAUAAAUGGUUAAUAACAUCAGAAGGUCUUAAUGCUUUGGUAGAAGAAAGAUAUUAAAUGCCUGUUGAAGAUUGUAUAAUUAAAUAAUAUCAAUAGUGAUUAACAAUAUAAAGAAUUAAAAAAAGAAUUUCAAUAAAUAGAUUUUUGAUUUAAGUGAAUUAGCUAAAUAGGCACCAAAGAAAAUUGUAGAAUUAAUUGGAUCUUCAAUUAUUGAUGAGAGUGGUACCACUGCCAAUAUAAUUUUAAUAACUAAAGAUUCAAUAUAUUGUGCAAAUAUAGGCGACUCAAGAUCUGUUGGUAUUUAAAAAGGAAAAGCUAUUAUUAUGAGUUUCGAUCAUAAACCUAAUCAUGCAAAAGAGAGAUCAAGAAUUUGUUAAGCAGGUGGUUUUGUAGCUGAUGGAAGAGUUUGUGGGUCUCUUUCACUCUCUAGAGCAUUUGGUGAUUAUCAAUAUAAAGAUGAUAUGGUGAUAGCUAUUCCUGAAAUUAGAGUUUUUAAAAAUAUUUAAAUGAUUUUUAUGGCUUGUGAUGGAAUUUGGGAAGGUUUAAACGACUAAGGUGAAAAUCUCACUCAAAAGAUUUUUAAAAAUAAUAAGGAAUCAUGUAAACUUUUAUUUAAUAAUAUAUUUAGCUGAAGAAAAAUUAAAAUCUUUAAUGAAUUAAAUUUUAGCCCCAUCAAUGACAGAAGAAACUAUUUGGGGAUUAGAUAAUAUGUCUUGUAUUCUUAUAGACUUUAAGAAUUAGUAAAUUAAAAAUAAUAAAUAGCCAUUAAAAAUUAGAAAAACUAUUAAAAAAUAGAAAAUAUGA